AUGCGGUUUUGGUUCACUGCGAUAUCAACAGUACAGACUUUGCCAUUCCCCGAAUUGUUGUCACUCGCCCAGAGUGGCCUCUUCAUUUCUACAAUCACAGCCAUCUACUCCAUUUCAUCCUCUGUCCAAAAUCUGAACCAAACGUCUCUUGAUCAAAUCCUCUCCUCUCCUCUCGAUCCACACGCAAAGAAAUCUACCAUGCCGAUCGACACUUCCUCUCAAGACAAAGGCGUCACGGGCGCAGCCAAGUUCGUGACCUCCACACUUGGAAACACAGUCGGUGGAGUUACUCGCACGCUUGGCGGAGUAACUGGCACUGCAGGUCGGGGUAUUGGGGAUACCAUCACCGGCGCGACGGGAAGUACUGGCGAGCCGGUUGGAAAUAUGCUUGGUAGUGCGACUACUGGACUUGAGGAUGGCGCGAAGCGGGUUGCUAAGGGGGUUGAAGAUGCUGGGAAAUGGAAAUAA